UGGGGGAUGGUGAGAACGUGGAGCCUUCCAGACACCUGUGCGCUGACCUUUGUAUGCAAGCCAAACAGCGCUGGGCCUGUUUUUAUCUUGUUUUCCUAAUCGCUUGGUCCAGUUCACCCUCUACGGUGCAGGGACACACCACCAGGCAAAGCUUCCGCUAUGAACCUAAGCCUAUUGCUGGGCAUUUUACUGGGGCUGCUGUUACCUUAUGUAUCUCCACAUCGUAAUCGGAUCAUUGGAGGCUGGGAGUGCUCCGAGGAUGAGCAUCCCUGGCUCGCGGUGCUGUAUGAUUUAACAAUGCCCUAUUGUGCUGGAAUAUUGAUUGACUUGAACUGGGUGGUCACUGCGGCUCACUGCUGUUUAAAGAACAGGGACAUUGUGAUCCACCUCGGAGAGCACAGCUUGUCAGAGUCAUCUGGGCAUGAGCAAAUAAGGAUCAGCAAACAAACUAUUUUAUUCAGCAACUCUACCGACUGCGAAACUGAAUGCAAAAACGACAUCAUGCUGAUAAAACUGAACACAGCUGCCAUCCCUACGGCUUACGUAGCCCCUAUCGACCUGCCCCCGUGCCCUCCCCAAUUGGGAACAGAUUGCACUGUGUGCGGUUGGGGUGCAAUCACAAGUCCUGUUGAAACAUUUCCUGACGUGCCUAACUGCGUUAACAUUACAAUCGUUGAAACCCAAUUGUGUGAGGAUAAAUUUCCAUGCAUCGAGCCCGAAAAUAUACUUUGUGCCGGGGAUCUUAAGGGAGGCAAAGACUCAUGCCGGGGAGACUCUGGUGGGCCACUUAUCUGUGGCAACAAACUUCAGGGCAUCGUGUCUUUGGGUGGGAACCCUUGUGGCCAACCAAACCUGCCAGCCGUCUACACCAAAAUCUGCAGAUACGCUGAAUGGAUCCGGGGAAUCAUUGGUGGAAGUGACAAUGAAUUCAAGUCCUAAGCAUGUAAUUCUGGCAGAGGCCUCUUGGAGUGAGGAAGCGCCUCCCAGAAACUAUUUCCAUUUUUUCCAGUG